AUGAACAGAGCUAAGACUUACGACGAAAACGUACACUGUAUCGCAGACUUGGAGGCGGCUGCAAAUGAAAAGCUUACGCCUAUGGCCCGUGAUUUCUAUAGCGGUGGAUCUAUGGAUCUCACUACCUUGGCUGAAAACAAAAGCUCUUAUGAUCGCUACAGACUUCGUCCUCGUGUGAUGGUCGAUGUCAGUAACGUUGAUACUAGUACCACCUGUUUGGGUGCAAAAGUUGCGUUCCCAUUGGGCAUUUCGCCAGCUGCCAACCACGGCAUGGCUCACCCAGAUGCUGAGCUUGGUACGUCUAGAGCUGCUGCUAAAAAGGGCGUAAACAUGAUUCUUUCCAGCUGGUCCAACUCCUCAUCAAAGGAUGUCAUUGAUCAGGGUAAGGAUAGCCCUAACGCUUAUGGACAACAGUUGAGUGUGGUGAAACAUGAUCCUACUAAUAUGUUGAUUAUUAAAAACGCUGAAGCUGCUGGCUAUAAAGCGCUUUUCAUCAGUGUGGAUUGUCCUUGGCUCGGUAGAAGAUUAAACGAAAUGAGAAACGGCUUUAGACUUCCUGACCACCUCAACUUCCCCAGCUACCCUUGGAUCAACAGCACUAAUAUGGUAAGUGACGACGAUAGAACCCAGUACCACCCUUCGCUUACCUGGGAAUACGUUAGAUACCUUAAGUCAAAGACCAACAUGCAAAUUUGGUUGAAGGGUAUUCUCACCGCUGAAGAUGCUGCUGCUGCUGUUGACGCUGGUGCUGACGGUAUUCUUGUUUCCAACCACGGUGGAAGACAACUUGAUGGUGCCAUGUCUACGUUGGAUGCCCUCCCCGAAGUUGUGGCUGCAGUUAAGGGCAGAAUUCCUGUUCAUAUUGAUGGAGGUAUUAGAAGAGGCAGUGAUAUCUUCAAAGCCUUGGCUUUGGGCGCUGACCAUUGCUGGGUUGGAAGAGUCCCAUUAUGGGGACUUGCUUAUAAUGGAGAGAAGGGAGUGAGUCUUGCUCUUGAUAUUCUCCAUGACGAAUUCAAGGUGGUGAUGGCCCUCAUGGGUUGUGCUCGAGUAGAGGACAUUACGCCUCAGCACUUGGCCAGAAUGGGUCCUGACGGUGCCAUUCAUCGCUUGUCGGUUACUUUGUCAUCUAAGCUCUGA